AACCCAUCAGCAUCAACCCCCCCAUUCCUCCCUUCACUUAGACACUUCCAGCUGGUGGAGAAGGAUACGCGCGUAAGAUUCUCCAUCCCAGCUGCCCUCCACCCAUUCUCUUUCUCUCAUCCCAUCCCUCUCUCCGCUGCGCUCCGUCCCGGCUGACUGCACGGUGGGGAUGGGUUUAGGUAGGGCCAGAAGGACUCAGGAAAAAAGCGCCAAGAGGAAAGCACCGUCUCCUUGAAACGUUCAUCUCCUCUCACACAUAUGCAGUUUCCCAGCUUCAGCUCUUCGGUGGCUGCUCACAGGAACACAUAGACCUUACAGAGGGUGCCUGGGGGAGAUUUUUUCUGGUCAGAUUUUGAUUCUGGUCAGUCUUUAUUGACUGGAAGACACUUUAUGAAAGGAUAUCUCACUUGAGCUUUGCAUCAUGGCACAUGCAGCAUCCCAGCUGAAGAAAAAAGCAGAUUUGGAACUUACAGCUGCCGAGGAAGAGAAGAAGAAGAAGCCCAGAAAAAGGUCCAAAGAACCAAAGAAAAAGACUGACAGUAAUGCCAGUUACCUCAGAGCGGCCCGAGCUGGAAACCUUGAGAAGGCCCUCGAUUAUAUAAAGUCUGGUGUGGACAUCAACAUCUGCAACCAGAAUGGGUUGAACGCUCUUCAUCUAGCAUCUAAGGAAGGCCAUGUGGAGGUUGUGGCAGAGCUUAUUAAACUUGGUGCCACUGUGGACGCCGCAACAAAGAAAGGCAACACUGCUCUGCACAUAGCAUCACUCGCUGGACAGGUGGAUGUUGUCAAGGAACUUGUGAAUAACGGAGCAAAUAUCAACACCCAGUCUCAGGAUGGUUUUACUCCACUGGCCGUAGCUCUCCAGCAGGGUCAUGAUCAGGUGGUGUCUCUGCUCCUGGAGAACGACACCAAGGGGAAGGUGCGGCUACCUGCUCUGCACAUCGCCGCCCGUAAGGACGACACCAAAGCAGCGGCGCUGCUCCUGCAGAACGACCACAAUGCAGAUGUCGAAUCGAAGAUGAUGGUGAAUAGAACGACAGAGAGUGGCUUCACCCCUCUCCACAUUGCGGCUCAUUACGGUAAUAUCAACGUAGCGACCCUGCUUCUGAACCGUGGGGCUGCCGUAGACUUCAAGGCGAGGAAUGACAUCACACCUCUCCAUGUGGCAUCGAAAAGAGGAAAUGCCAACAUGGUCAGGCUGCUGCUGGAGAGAGGAGCCCGAAUCGAUGCCAAAACCAAGGACGGCCUGACACCUUUACAUUGUGGAGCAAGGAGCGGUCAUGAGCAAGUAGUUGAGAUGUUACUAGACCGUGGAGCACCCAUCCUCUCUAAGACAAAGAACGGCCUUUCACCGUUGCACAUGGCCACGCAAGGAGAUCAUCUGAACUGCGUUCAGCUCUUGCUUCAUCACGACGUGCCCGUGGACGACAUCACCAACGAUUAUCUGACAGCCCUGCACGUCGCUGCACACUGCGGACACUACAAAGUUGCCAAGGUCCUUGUGGACAAGAAGGCCAAUCCUAAUGCCAAAGCACUGAAUGGUUUUACACCACUUCACAUCGCUUGCAAGAAGAACAGGAUUAAAGUGAUGGAGCUGCUGCUGAAACACGGAGCGUCCAUUCAGGCGGUGACUGAGUCUGGACUCACGCCGAUUCAUGUGGCCGCUUUUAUGGGCCAUGAAAACAUUGUGACUCAGUUGACAAAUCACGGAGCGUCUUCUAACACGAUGAAUGUGAGGGGAGAGACGGCGCUUCAUAUGGCUGCCAGGGCAGGACAGGCAAACGUGGUGAAAUUCCUGGUGGCGAAUGGAGCAGAUGUGGACGCUAAAGCCAAGGACGAUCAGACCCCGCUGCAUAUAUCCAGUCGUCUGGGAAAACCAGAUAUAGUCCAGCAACUACUGCAACAUGGGGCUUCACCUGACGCCACCACCACAUCUGGAUACACGCCGCUCCACUUGGCCGCCCGUGAUGGCCACAAAGACAUGGCAUCCAUCCUGAUGGACAACGGAGCAUCUCUAGGCAUCACUACCAAGAAAGGAUUCACUCCCCUGCAUGUUGCAGCCAAAUACGGGAAGAUUGAAGUUGCUAAAUUACUGCUACAGAAGCGAGCGCCACCUGAUGCAGCUGGAAAGAGUGGACUAACACCACUGCAUGUUGCUGCACACUACGAUAACCAGAAAGUGGCCCUCCUUCUGUUGGACCAAGGAUCGUCUCCGCACGCUGCAGCGAAGAUGGAUGCUUCAUCUAUGCAUGAUGUGUCGCAUCUCUUUGGUUAUGUUACUAAAUUGGUUAAUGAAUAUCUGUGUCAGAGUGGACUGACCCCUCUUCACUUGGCGGCUCAAGAGGACAAGGUCAAUGUUUCAGAAGUGCUGGUUAAUCAUGGUGCCACAAUCGACCCAGAGACUAAGAAUGGAAACACUGCCUUGGCUAUUGCCAGGCGCCUGGGUUACAUCUCUGUGGUUGACACACUCAAAGUCGUGACAGAGGAGAUGCACACUACUGUGACAGUGACGGAGAAACAUAAAUUGAAUGUUCCAGAAACAAUGAAUGAGUUUUUGGACAUGUCAGAUGAUGAAGUUCGUAGAGCCAAUGUGCCUGAAAUGCUCAGUGAGGACUAUAUUUCAGAUGUUGACGAAGGUGAGGAUGCGAUGACAGGAGACACGGACAAGUACCUGGGACCGCAAGACCUGCGAGAGCUCGGAGACGACUCUCUCCCUCAGGAAGGAUACGUGGGAUUCAGCGUCGGAGCCCGAACGGCCAGUCUGCGCUCCUUCAGUUCGGAUAGGUCCAACACACUCAACCGGAGCUCCUUCGCCCGUGACAGCAUGAUGAUUGAAGAGAUCCUGGCGCCAAACAAGGACACGGUACGCCCUCUUGCCCAGCCUGUUCCGGAUGAAGCUGUGAAGAAGAUCAUAGGAAAUCGUGCCACCUUCAGCCCUAUAGUGACAGUGGAGCCUCGCAGGAGGAAGUUCCAUAAGCCCAUUACUAUGACCAUACCUGUGCCUCCGCUGUCUGGAGAGGGUGUGGUGAAUGGCUACAAAGGAGACCCAACACCAAGCCUGCGCCUACUCUGCAGUAUAACUGGUGGCACAUCGCCGGCUCAGUGGGAGGACAUCACUGGGACUACACCUCUCACCUUUAUGAAUGACUGUGUGUCCUUCACCACAAACGUAUCUGCCAGGUUUUGGCUUGCAGACUGCCAUCAGACCCCAGAGACUGUAGGUUUGGCCACCCAGCUCUACAGAGAACUCAUCUGUGUGCCCUACAUGGCCAAAUUUGUAGUGUUUGCUAAAAUGAAUGACUCUGUGGAGUCCAGCCUGCGGUGCUUCUGUAUGACAGACGAUAAAGUGGACAAAACCCUGGAACAGCAGGAGAACUUUGAGGAGGUGGCCAGAAGCAAAGACAUUGAGGUGCUGGAAGGGAAGCCCAUCUAUGUGGACUGCUAUGGCAAUUUGACCCCUCUGACCAAAGCCGGACAGCAGCUGGUUUUUAACUUCUAUGCUUUCAAAGAAAACAGACUGCCGUUCUGUGUGAAGGUCAGAGACAGCAGCCAAGAGCCAUGUGGCCGCUUGUCCUUCCUCAGAGAGCCCAAAAUUUCCAAGGGUCUCGCUCAGACUGCUAUCUGUAAUUUAAACAUCACACUGCCAGGACUCAAGAAGGAUGUGGAUUCAGAUCCUGAGGAAGAGACUGAAAAGCCAGAACGACGUCAUACCUUUGCAUCUCUAGCAUUACGUAAGCGCUACAGCUAUCUGACCGAGCCUGGAACGAAAACAGUUGAACGAAGUACAACAAGAACACUGCCUGCUGGUUACGCUCACAAACCUGUCUUUUCAACAAGAUCUUACCAGGCAUGGUCGACUGCUCCUAUUACCGUCCCUGGGCAAACAAAAUGUGGACUGGGUUCCCUCUCCAGUUCACCUUCCAACACGCCAUCUGCUUCGCCACUAAAGUCUGUGUGGUCCAUUUCCUCUGCUUCUCCAAUCAAGUCCACCCUAGGAACAUCGAAUGCUUCUCCUGCAAAAUCAGUUAGCGAUGUAGCAUCACCCAUUAGAACAUACAGAUCUAUGUCAUCUCCAAUAAAGACUGUGGUUCAGCAACCUCAAAACCAAGUUCAAAUUUCCUCCAGUCUCCUGUCUUCUCCGGGUAAAUCUGGCACAGAUCCGGUGUUCAUUAAGGGGCUCGCUGCUUCAUUGUCCUCAAGAGCUAACUUGAUUUCAUCACCUGGAUCCAUGCUAGACAGAACUUUCACCACAGUGACGCAAGCUGAUUCUAUAAAGUCAACCACAAAUGCAUACACGUCUUUGUCAUUCAAAUCCACCCUGGCCCCCACAAGUAUAGCAGCGUCCUAUCCCAUUCGAAACAUAACAAGCCUGUCCUCUAUUAAAACAACCACAGAUGCAUCUAGGGGUACAAUUCUAUCAUCGCUUUCUUCAUCAGCUAAGUCUACAAUAUCCAGUACUGAAACAGUCCUGUUAAACGGAUCCAUUUCACCGAUAAAAUACCCCUCACCCUCCUCUGCAUCUUCCCGUCUGUUUACAGGAGGGGUUUACAGCUUACAAGAACGGAUACAGGCCACAACUCAAGCAGCUACGGCCAGUGUUGGUGCAGCCUUCAGUGAGGCUGAGAAAACACUUACUGCUGGCUUAACGUCAAACUAUAGUGCACUAAAAUCUGUAUCUUCACCUUUAAGAUCAAAUUUAUCAAGUUCUGUUUACGAUACCCUUAGAUCACCAGCCACUACCACCACAUCAAUAUCCUCCAUUUCCAUGUCCGUUCCAGUAUUCUCCGUGGUCAAUGUGCUCCCUGAACCCCAGGGGAAGAAACUCCCAGAAAAAACAACAAUCACACCUCAGACACACACCCAAGCACAGUCCUCAACAUCACGAAUUAAACCCUCAAAGCCCUCACUUUUUAUUCCCCCAACAGUCCUCAAAGCUGCUACCGCACCCACAUUGACAUCCAGUCAAGAGAUUCUUAAGGAUGUGGCAGAUAUGAAGGAAGAUCUGAUAAGAAUGACCGCAAUCUUACAAACUGACUCGUCAACCGCAGCCAAAAGCUUCCACUCGCAUGUUUCUAAAGAGUCCAGGAUGGAGGAUGAAGAGCCUUUCAGUUUGGUUGAGAAAGUUAAAGAGGACCUUGUCAAAGUUAGUGAAAUUCUCACAAAAGAUGUCCUGAGCGAGGCCAAAAGCUCAAGUAAAGACAGGGCCUCAGAAGAUGAAUGGGAAGAGUUCUCCAAAGAUGAAAUUGAGGAGGCACGACAGAGUGCCCUGCGUUCCCUGCCAACAUUUGAACCAACCCUUCCUGUCGGGCCACAGUCAGUGCCAGACAAAGAUCUCAAUUUAGCUAAAGUGGUUGAUUACUUAAUGAAUGAUCUUGGUGCCAGUUCCCUUUCAAAAAUAGCUGAUGUAAAGAGCAGGUAUGAUGAAAUAAAGAAGGAAGGGGAGGAAAAACAAAAGCGUACCAUGAAACCGGAGCACAAGCUCAAAAUGCCACCCACAGGUAUGCGGACCUCUCCCUCAGAGAAAGACUUGAGUAAAUUAGCAGACACCUAUAGUGGCACAGAUGCUAUCCUGGAAUCUCCUGAUGACUUUUCCCAUGAACAAGAUAAGAGUCCCCUCUCAGAUAGUGGUUUUGAAACCAGAAGUGAAAAGACCCCAUCAGCUCCUCAAAGUGCAGAGAGCACAGGGCCCAAACCCCCCUUCACAGAUGUGCCUAUUCCCCCUGUCAUAACAGAAACCAGAACUGAGGUUGUUCACGUCAUCAGGAGCUAUGAACAUCCUGAGGAGGUCUGUGAGCCACUAAUGGAUGAGGCAGCAGCUUUGAAGUCUCCGCUUGAGCCUGAGCCAGCAGUUAGCUCGAUCAAAGAUAAGGUAAAAGCCUUGCAGAUGAAAGCCAGCUCUGAGGAACUGGCCUGCGUCAAAGAAGAAACUCAUAUCACCACUACAACUCGAAUGGUCUACCACACACCUCAACUGAAAGAUGCUGGCUCUGACAGGAUUGAAGAAACAAUGUCAGUCCGAGACUUAAUGAAAGCUUUUCAGUCUGGAAGAGACCCUUCCAAAGAAUUUGCCUGUUUAUUUGAGCACAAAGCUGGCCAAGAUGCCAUUAAAGGAGAUGAAUUGUCGCCACGGUUCCUCGAAAAGGACAAAAAACCAAAAGUUGAGAGAAUUAUUGAGGUGCACAUAGAAAAGGGCAACACAACUGACCCGACAGAAGUUAUAAUCAGAGAGACUAAAAAGCAUCCAGAGUUUAUAUGCAGGAGUGACCGAGGUCUCAAAGAGCUUGUUGAAAGGGUUGAUGGUGAUUAUGAGAUUCUUCAAGAUGAGGAGGAACUUACUGCUGAGGAAUCACUGCCGUCUUUCUUAGACACAUCCAGAGUCAAUACACCUGUUUCUCAAGAGGAAGAGUCUCGUCCCAGUUCAGCUCAGCUUAUUGCAGAUGAGUCAUAUAAAGCUUUAAAACUCCUAAGCCAGCAUUCUAUUGAGUAUCAUGAUGACGAGUUAUCUGAGUUGAGAGGGGAGUCAUACAGGUUUGCUGAGAAAAUGUUGCUCUCAGAAAAAUUAGACAUAUCACAUUCUGAUACUGAGGACUCAGUGGCAGACCAGGUGCAUAGCGUAGCCACUGAGGUGCAUGGGGCAGAAGGCAUAUAUGGAGAAAAAUUAGCUGGCCCCAGGAAGGAGUCCAAAUUAAAGUCAGCAAGGGAUGCAUCAGACAAAUCAGGUAAAUAUCCCCCACAAGAUGAGCAAUAUGACAAAGUUACAGUAUUACAUUAUACCACAGAACCCAGUAGCCCUAAACAUGCUGUGUGGAUGAGAUUCACCCAGGAUAGGCAGGACAGGAACAGAGAGAAGCUCAUAUAUGAAGAUAGAGUAGAUCGGACCAUUAAAGAGGCAGAGGAGAAACUGAGUGAGGUUUCACAGUUUUUUAGGGACAAAACUGAAAAGUUAAAUGAUGAGCUCAAGUCCCCUGAGAAAAAGAAACCGACAAGAUUAUCAAGAGAGACACGGUCAGGGCCGAGCUCAAUGUGCAGCAGCCCUGAGAAAAAGCAAAAGACUGCAGCUGAGGAAUGGGACAAAGGCAGACAGAAGAUGUUUGGCAGCACAAACGAAAGGACAAGUGCAAGUCUGCCAAACAGUCCUGAGAGGCACAUGCUGUCACAGUUCAGUGAGGACAAGCCAAAACAGCACGAAGAUCCUAAGCAGGCAAAGACAGGUGAUGCAGACCCCCCAGUCCCAGUUAAGACUUCUAGAGUGAGUUCUGUUCGACAAAAGUUUGAAAUAGAAGCGCAGAAACAGGAUCAGAAUGUGCCUCUAACACAGUCAAAACAACCAGUUAAGAAACUACCAGAAAGUAAAUUACCAGUGUAUCAGUUUUACGCUGGUUCAAAACCUUCAAAAGCUGAUUCCACAGACGAAGGACACCCACCUGCUAAAAAACGAACAGAAACCGAUAAAAGUAAAGUAGCCCCUCACAUUAGCAGCAGUACUAUUGUCUCAAAGCAGUCGGGUGAAAAAUGUUUACCUGAAAAAUCUACCACAUCAGAUACUGUUGUUAAAAGAGCCUCACAUUUUGAGAAAAGGAAAGAACAAGAGUUUGAUCAAACUCGGGAGAGCUCUACUAAAGUUGACUCUAAAGAUUUGAAAGAUGGAAAUAUUGCAGACAGGCAUAGUGCAAUUAAUGAUAUUAAAGAGCAGCAGUAUUUAAAGAGUGACAUUAAAAAUGAAACAGUUAAAACAGCUUCAUUGUCUAAGGAUAAUAUCAAUAGGAAUGACUUUCAGAUAAAGACCCUUAAGAAAAAGACAGAAUCUCAUAUUCCUGUGAGAUCACCUGGUUCCUCAGGCAAUGAUCAGUCAAAGAAGGCAAAUCAAGACACAUUAACUAAAUUAUCUGAAAAGAGCCCAUCGCACAUACCUACCCUGACCAAAGCCAGGGUUCAGGGCCGUUCAGAGUUACAGAGAGAGGAAGCUGCAACAAAUAAGUCUGAAGAAGUCUCUGCUGAAAGUAGAACAACAAGUGGUCUAAGUGGCACUAGUUCGGUGGAAAACAUAUCCACCGUUACAACAAGAGAAAGUUUCAAAGGGCUUAAAACUUUACCAGUCUAUGUAAGUGUUCAAGUAGGGAAACAGUCUGACAAAGAAAUGGGAGGAGGAGGAACCAAUGGAACAUUCAAAAAGAUGGUUAGCUCAGAAAGUCGAACAAUUUAUGCAGUUAAACAGAAACAGCCCACAUCUCCUCAAGGCAGCCCAGAUGAUGACACUUUAGAACAGUUAUCUUUUAUUGAUAGCUCUGGCAAAAGUCCUAUGACUCCAGAGACACCAAGCUCAGAAGAGGUCAGCUAUGAUCUCACCUCGAGAACCCCUGAUCCAUUUAUUGCAUUUAUGCCAGGUAUUGAAAGCCCAAUAGCUGAGGUUUCAGAGGAGUCAGAAGAUAGUGAGCAAGGCAAAGCUAUUCAUUUGAAAGAAUCUGGACCAGAAAAAAGAGGCAAUGAUAAGCACGAAACUGGCCAGGAGACAAAAGACAAAAGAAUCGCAUAUAUAGAGUUUCCUCCUCCACCACCCUUGGAUUCUUAUUCCUCACAGCCUGAGAAAAAAGGGUCGACUCCUUCCUCAGAGGCUGAGACUGAAUUGAUGGAAGUAAAUCUCCAAGAGGAGCAUGAUAAACAUCUUGCUGAACCUAUAAUAAGAGUCCAGCCUCCAUCUCCUGUGCCCCCAGGAGCUAAUGAUAGCGAUUCAAGUGAGGAGGAGGAAUCUGUCUUUAAACCUAUUCCAAUAAAGAAAUAUACCUUUAAGAUUGAUGAGGACAAAGACUUGAAGAAAAGCCCAUCCAAAAUACCUGACAAGAAUGGGAACGAUAAAGAACAAGGGGCAAAUGGUAAUGGAAAAGCAGAAGAUUAUGAUUAUGAACAAAAUGGCAAUGAUCAGUCCAUCACAGAUUGCUCAAUAGCGACAACGGCAGAGUUCUCUCAUGACACUGAUGCCACUGAGAUUGACUCUCUUGAUGGAUAUGAACUUCAAGAUGAGGAUGACGGCUUAAGUGAACCUAUUGCCAAACCAUUUGGAUUUCCCAAUGAAAACAGAAAGGAUAUUUGGGCAUCAGAUAAUAUGUCUAGACCAAGUGACCGUUGCCAAAGUAAACUUGAAGUAAUUCAUGAAGAAUCACCUGCUGAGGAUUACAAAAAGACCAAAGCUAAGACUGAUCCCUCAAACAAAAGGAAUGGAAAGGACAGUGAAAAGGAUGGAAAACAAUCUGAUCAAGGAUUGUCAGACACUUACUUUAGUUACAAGCUAGAUGAGGAGUUUAAUACUCCUUUCAAAACUGUUGCAACAAAAGGCUUUGAUCCUUGGUCAAGCAAGGGAGGAGAAGAUGAAGUAGUGGACGCUAGAAUUAAAGAUGAUGAGCCCACGCCGUUUGGGCUAGCAGUAGAUGACAAGUCUACGGCAACAACCCCUGACACAACUCCUGCAAGAACUCCAACCGAUGAAAGCACACCAACUAGUGAGCCAAACCCUUUCCCUUUCCACGAAGGGAAGAUGUUUGAGAUGACCCGCAGUGGUGCGAUUGACAUGAGCAAGCGGGAUUUUGUUGAAGAGAGGCUGCAAUUUUUUCAGAUCGGUGAGCAUACAUUAGGAGGGAGGAUAGGGGAUGGGGUCAGAAAACCAAAUACAGUCACCUCAAAUCCACAGAUAGUUGAUAGAGCACAAUUUAAGAUGGAGGACAACACGGUUAUAUCAUACAAUAUCAUUCAGAUAUGCACUGACCACUCAGACACAUCUAAUGACAUGGAGCCUCCCCCCUAUUCAGAAGUCAGUUCUUUAUGUUCGUCUUUUAAGGUAGGACUCAAAUCUUCCAACAUUGAGAGGACAGAUUUUGUUUGUGUAGACUCAGAUAGUUCACAAGGUCAAACACCAGAAACUGCACAUCAAGUAGGACCAGACACCUAUAGAACAAGCAAGUACAAUCAGAGGACAGACUCAUCGACAGAGCCACAGACAUACCUCCAGACAACUUCCAGUAAUUCCAGAAACUGCAGUAAUAAUGCUAAUCUUGAGGCCUUAAAUGCUGGAACACACUGCUUGCUACAAAGCGGCAUACAAACCGAACAGCUGUUAAUGUCUGAUCUUUGCUCAGUUCAAUUAAUAAACCCAUGUGAAGAUUCAGUCAGAAAGGACACUGGUACUUUCAGGGAUGGCAGUACAAAGAAUAAUGAUGUAAUCUCCAAAUGCAAAGACAUUACAAGAAAGCCACCAAAGUCUAGGUUGCCAGUGAGAGCACCUCAUCCACCACUGGGUUGUAAAAAAGAUCUAAUAUCUUCGAGACCAAUUCAGAAGAUUAGACCAGUAGCCAGGAAUCGAUUAGAUCCAUUCCCAGAUGUGAAGCCUAAAUCUAGAAUCCCAAUGAUGAAGGUCAAAAAUGUUAGUUUCUCACCAAUUGGGAAAUGUAGGAUCACCACAAUAGCCAAACAGAAAGGUAAAGCACAGCCAACCAAAACGAUAACCACCAACAAAAGAUCAAAACCCGGUCCAGUGAGUAGAUCAGGCAGUAAAUGUGAUCAGGAGCCCCCAAGUGAGGUUGGCAAAAGUUCUAGUAUUUCAAAACCUAGUAGUGCAGUAAAGCUUGUGGACUGCCUUUCCAGUGAAGAUAAAAAGAUGCAGGGAUAUGAUAAGGAUGAACAAAGCAGCACAUCAAGGAACACAUCUUUAUCAGAAGCGUCGCAACUCUCCAGUACAUCCAGGUCUGCUAGAGACGUGAGAUCACAGGUUGAGCAGUCCGGCAGAGACAGGAGGAGGAGGAGUAGGAGGACUGAUGGAGGUGAAGGCAGUCAGGGUGCUGGGCCUCAAGUGGCCCCCGGCGUGGAGAUCAAGCAUAGCCCUCAGAGCCCCUGUGAAAGAACAGAUGUACGUAUGGCAAUUGUGGCGGAUCAUCUUGGCCUGAGUUGGACUGAGCUGGCCAGGGAAAUGGAAUUUUCGGUUGAUGAGAUAAAUCAAAUCCGUGUGGAAAACCCCAACUCAUUGACAGCUCAGAGUUUCAUGCUAUUAAAGAAAUGGGUUAGCCGAGAUGGUAAAAACGCUACAACGGAUGCCUUAACUGCAGUCCUGACUAAGCUCAAUCGGCUGGAUAUUGUGACAUUGCUGGAAGGGCCGAUAUUUGACUAUGGUAACAUUUCAGGCACAAGAUGUUUUGCAGAUGAUAGCGCAGUUUCCCAGGAGCAGGCUGAUGGUUACCACAACAUUGAGCUGGAGCUCAAGAGUCCCUCAGAGCUGUCCUAUGAGCCCCCUACCCCUCUGCGUCAAGAUGAUUUCUUUAGCGAGGAGAUUAGGCUAAAGUUCCCCUCUAGUGCCCCUGUUAGACCCAGUGAACUGUCCUUGCCAAACACUAGUGGCCCAGUGUCUGCAGAUACCAAGCCGCCUACCGUCAUGGCGGAAGACACCUCUAUUGGAGGCCGAGAGUCUGUUAGCCAAGAGGAUGGGUCAGCUGAAGAUGAUUUUGGUGUCAGCAAAGAAUCAGCAGCCAACUUGGAACAACGUGACAGUGAGGGAACCUCAAAAGAAUCACAUGUCUUCCCAAACAGUCCAGUAAAAGAGCAGAAGGAAGUCCAACCUAAGCUUCCCAUUUGUGUCUCAGCCAGCGAAGCUCCUGGAGAGAGUGGCAAGUCUGGGUUUGACGAAGAAGAUGAAGAGAUGACCCAAGAGAAGAUAAAGUCUCUCUUGGAGAACAUUAAGUUGGAGGAAGGCUCAGAGGAUGAGGAGAUGACUGAGGAGAGGCUGCAAGCGAUCCUCUCUCAAGUGCAGCUGGCAGAAAAAGACAUGUCUUCAGUUUCAGGUCUGCAGAGUGAGACGUCCGGUACAAACGGGAAGACGGCAACUUUGGACCAAGGACUGAAUCCUAAAACACAAGGGCAAAGAGAGUCCAGCCAAGAACUAAUGUCAUCAACACCUGGAGUGCAAACUGAGAGGCAAAAUGGGGAACAUCCAGAGCUCCAAGCCCAAGUUCGCUUGUCACCAGACGCGAGUGAGUCUUCCAGCAAACCAAAGGGCAAAGCUAGGAAAGACUCAGGACAAGAAGAAGUAAGCAGUGAGGCUCUAGAGGACAGAGGACCAAACAACAGGGGGGAGGACAUUUCCGAGCCUAAAGUCCAGCAGGAAGCUCGUAGAGAUAAUGAAUCCAGCUCUGAUGAGGAAGAAACUGUCACCACCAGAGUGUAUCGGCGGAGAGUGAUUCUGAAGGGUGAUCAGGCCAGAAACAUCCCUGUUGAGACUGUGACAGAGGAGCAGUACACAGAUGAAGAUGGAAACACGGUCACCAGAAAAGUCAUCCGUAAAGUGGUGCGUCGCACAGCUGGUGUGGAAGAGAAAGGCAGGAGAAAGCGUGGGAAGCGUUCCCGGCAGGCCAAUAGGGCCGAGCAGGAGGAACAGGGGGGCCCCGGGCCCCACAGAGAGCACACUGAGCCUGGAGAAGGAUGGAAGGGCAUAAAAAAGGAAGGAAGACAAAGGGAGAAAAUGGGUCAAUCGUAACAGUUGUGCUCUUUUUGAUCUGAAAGUGUUUCAAAACCAUUUUCUUACGAGGAGGACCACUGGAAACGUGCAGGAGGUCAGGGGAUGAGGAUCGUGUGUCCGCAGCUUUCAUAAAAACAAACGGUUUUCAGCCAGACGGCUUUUGAUUUCGCAUGAGCAUGAAAAAAAAAAACUUGUUUCUGUCAAUAACACCGAACGGCUAACGGUCGAGAGGACUUUGUCAGUGCGACGUUUCGAUCGACUGGGGGCGUACGAUACGAGAGACCAAAGAGGCCACGAAACAUACUGCAGAUUGACAGAAAAGGAGGGACUCGUUCGAAUCACCUUCUACACUCGCCUUACAUUUUUUUCCUCUCGGACCCAUGAUGUCAGGGUGUAUAAUGCUGUUGGAGCUUAUGAUGUACAUAAAUUACACUGUAUAAAUUUGAAGGUGGCUCACAAUAUUGGUAAUGCACUGGCAAGUGUGUAGGAAUGAACUACCAAUUCUGAUUCCAAUUUUAAGGGAACGCUUCGGUGUAACGUCACAUGCACUUGUAUAAUUAUUAGCAAGAAAAAUGUUUGUAAAUGAAAAAAAGCCAGCUUGAUUUUAACAACGGAUGUUUCUUUCAAACCUACUGCGGUUUUCAGUGGUAUGAACAUUGGAUCCGCUGUAGUUCUGUUUAGAGACUUCUUCAGAGUACUAAUAUUUUCAUGCAUGUGAUUCACUUUAUUUUGAUUUUUCUAAACAGCAUAACACACAAGAGAAGGGGGAAUGAUGUUCUGUAUGGAUGCACUCACAGCCUUGCUAAUGCUCACUUUUUUGUUUUUUUAGAAAGAUGACAGUAUGACACCACCAUUGUUCAGCUUCACUAAAAUACACUGUGUCCCAUCACAUCACAGCGACACGUUCCCUAUGCAGUUACAGAUACAGCUGCAAUCCGAACGCUCACCGGUACGGAACUUUUAACUGUUCUCAUGUGUAUUGGCUCUAAGAUGUAGAAGUCUUUCUGUCAUUUGUAAUCAUUCUAGCAGUGUAUCACUACUUUUCAAGGCUGCUGUGGUUUUGGGGGAAAUUUUACUUUGAUUUUGAUGCAUUGAGAAAUCACCCAAGCAUUCAUGGAUGAUAGAUCUGGUAACAAACAUAUGUAUGGAAAAAAC